AUGGCCACAAUCAUCAACACCAUGACGGAGAAGCUCGCCAACAUGAAGCUGGCGGGGAUUCCCACGCGUCCAAGCAGGGCUGCCAUCAGCAGGGCGACUCUUGCCGUGCCGAAUCCGGCUGCGACAACAUUUCGAGCGAUUCAGCGACUCUUGCAUGCUGCUCCAGUAACGACGAACACCGCGGCCGCGCUCGAGUGUGAGAAGACGUGCGAAGCCGACCUCCACGGCCCAGAAGGCUCCACCAGUCACAAUCAUCCGCAUGAUGCGGACGGUCACCACCCGACGUGGGCGUGCAGCACUCAUCUAGCCAAAGCGCUCGAACAAUACAGCGCCUACCUCGAUCGUCGGGCAGCCCACAAGCAUGACGACGCUCACCAUCGCCAGGAGGUUGACACUGGCGGUAGCAAGGGGCAUCUGGAGGGGCCCAAGGGCUGCAAGGCUGACAAGGAUAACUGCUGCGGUGGCCAGAGCAUCCAACACACCAGCAUCGUGGCCGGAGUAAGACCUCUGGAGUUGCCCUCAUCCGAACUGGACGUCGAGAACGCUUCAUGCAAGGAGCAUGUUGCGCUCACGGUGGAUGGGAUGACUUGUUCGGGUUGCGGUAACAAGUUGGAGCACACACUCAAAGCCAUACCAGGCGUGUCUUCUGUUCGGGUCAAUUUCGUCAUGGGUCAUGCCGAGUUCAGCGUCAAUACGUCGGUCAUCACGGCAGACCAAGUCAUCCGCGCGGCGGAAAGGGCGACCAACUUCCGCUGCCAUAGGGUGGCUGGUGACGACCAAGUACUCGACCUCCUCGCUUCCGGGAGCUCCGCCAAGGCGCUGAUGGAUGUUGAUAUUCCCGGACUCACAGGGGCCGUCAUUCUGAACAAGAGAACAGUUCGCUUGAGCUAUGAUCCAACCGUGGUGGGGGCAAGAGUGCUGCUAGACAAGGUGGAAAAACUGUGUGCUGGAUUAGCCCCUCCGCGGGAUGACCCUUCGAUCUCGAGCGGGCGCAAAAGGUUAUACAAUCAGCUCGUCAAGACAAUCCUGUCGGCCGCCUUUACCGUUCCUGUUGUCGUUCUGGCUUGGGGAGACUAUUCGAUCCACGAGCGGGCUCGGUCCACAGCAUCCAUCGUGCUUGCGACCGUUGUGCAGGCGAUGGCCAUUCCGGAUUUCUAUCGUCCCGCAAUCGGCGCACUCGUGCAUAGCGGUGCCAUCGAGAUGGACAUGCUGGUCGUUAUCAGCAUCACGGCUGCUUACGUUUACUCUGUUGUCGCCUUUGGAUUCCGCAUGGCGGGCAAGCCUUUGGAAGGCUCGGAGCUGUUCGAAACCAGCACCCUCCUCAUCACGCUGGUCCUGUUGGGGAGGCUAGUGGCUGCGUUUGCACGUACCCGGGCGGUGGAGGCUGUGUCGCUGCGGUCUCUUCAAUCCACAUCUGCCGUGAUUAUCGAAGACGGCCUGGACAAGGAGAUUGACGCGCGGCUGCUGCAGUAUGGCGAUGAGCUGAAGAUUGCUCCUCACUCGACAGUUGCCACAGACGCGACUGUUGUGAGCGGCUCGAGCGAGGUCGACGAGUCCAUGCUCACAGGGGAAAGUAUGCCGGUGUUGAAAAAGCGGGGAGAUGCGGUUAUUGCCGGGACCAUGAACGGAAAUGGCACAUUGGUCGCCAGACUGACCCGACUCCCCGGCAAGAACACAGUCACGGAUAUUGCCAGGCUGGUGGACGAGGCGCAAAACGCCAAGCCCAAGCUCCAAGACUACGCUGAUCGCGUUGCCAGCUGGUUCGUGCCGGUUGUCACCUCUAUCGCCGCCGUCGUCAUCGUCGUUUGGCUCGUGGUCGGUUUCAAAGUCCGGCAUUACAGCACCGGACAGUCCGUUUCCAACGGCAUUACCUAUGCCGUCGCCACCCUAGCAGUUUCAUGCCCCUGCGCGCUUGGGUUGGCGGUGCCCAUGGUGCUCGUCAUUGCGGGCGGCAUUGCGGCACGCAACGGUGUCAUCAUCAAGUCGACGGAAUGCACGGAGCGCGCACGCAACGUGACGGAUGUGGUGUUUGACAAGACAGGAACCAUCACGGAAGAAAGUCUCGCUGUGGAGGAGCAAAGGUAUCUGAUUAGGGAGGACGAGGCGGUUGCGAUCUCGAGAGCCUUGGUUAACGGCAACAAGCACCCGGUCUCUCUCGCCGUCGCCAAGCGUCUGGCGCCAGGCGUCGCUGCUUCGACCAAAGUCGAGGGCUUGCGCGUCAUCCCCGGUGCUGGCGUUGAAGCAACGCUUGGCGGGGCAACGCUCCGGGCAGGAAAUCCCGGAUGGACCGCCACGGCUGCUCACCCGGUCGUGAGUCGUCUUCAGAAUGGCGGCAUGACGCUUCUCGUCGUCACCCGUGAUGACGAGCCGAUUGCGGUGUACGGCCUGAGGUCGCGCCUGCGCGAAGAGGCUGCUCGGGUUAUAGCCCAGCUUGGCCGCCGCAACGUUGCAGUACACCUUGUAUCUGGUGACCAAAGGUGUGCGGUAGAAACGGCAGCGUCCCAAGUCAACAUCCCGCGCCCAAACGUGGUGUCUCAAUGCACUCCUGCGGGGAAGCGCGAUUACGUCGCCAGCCUCAUGUCCCGCGGCAAGACUGUCAUGUUUGUUGGGGACGGGACCAACGACGCCGUCGCUGUGACCCAAGCCGACGUUGGCGUCCAGCUCGGCAGCGUCCUCUCCGCCAGCGAGGUUACUCGCGGCGCCGCCGACGUCGUGCUCCUCAACGGGCUCGAGGGCAUCCUGUUCCUCAUGGACGUGAGCAGCGCCAGUUUCCGACGCAUGGUGUUCAACUUUGCGUGGUCUGCCGUGUACAACGUCCUGGCUAUCCUGUUCGCAUCCGGGGCGCUUGUCAAUGUCCGCAUUCCUCCAGCCUAUGCUGGGUUGGGCGAGGUGGUCAGCGUUGUGCCCGUCGUUGUGGCUGCCAUGACCAUGGUGCUGAUGAAGAAGAAGAAGAAGAUGAUGAUGAGGAAGACCAAGACCAAAGCCUCUGCUACUGCUGCUCCUUAG